GCAAACAAUGGACAGGUGGUGCUGUGCUAAAGUCCCGUCUCACAACAUUACAGUUCUGUUAUAUUCUACAACCGACGUCAUCCACACAUCCGGGUCACGUGCAGGAAUGCAGCAGGUACGGUGUGGGCGGAUACCUGAGGAGGGCGGAGCUUGUCCGACCUUUGAGCGCGGCGGAGAGGAGUGAGGGACAGAGGGCCCGCGGAGCCGCUAAACACCCGAAUGGCGACAGAGUUCACCCAGGACGCGCUGUUACAUUUCCUCCAGAGCCGCGGAGGCUCGGUGAAAAACUCGGACCUGCUUCUGCACUUCCGAAACUUUAUCCGGGACCAUGCGGACCAGAACCACAACCGGGAGCUCUUUAAACAGUUCGUCAACUCCGUCGCCACCGUCAGACAGGUGGACGGCGUCUCGUACGUGUUCCUCAGGAGGAAGUUUAAAGGACAGGUCCCCGGCGGCGGCGGUGAACGGGAACCGCGUCCGAGUCCACCCACCGCCGGGAGAUACGCAGAAGCCCCCCCGAAGAACGCCGCACCCAAACCGCGGCGGCAGGAGGUGAUGCCACCCGCCCCGCCCGGAGUAACAAUCCUCCCCGCCGCUGGGAUCCUCCUCAACAACAACAACAAUGUGGCAACAAACAUGAACCUGAAACAGCGACAGGAAAUCAGCCCGACCACCAGACCACCAGCCCCCCCUGCUGCUGCUGCUGCGGUCAGUCCAAUCCCACAGAGAACAGACGCAAAGAUCCAGUUUACGGCUCUGCACCCGGCCCCAGCCCAGCGCAUUCAAGUGGCACAGCCCUGGGGGGCUCGUGGACUGCCUCCUGGGACCACACCUGUAGUCACGAGCCUUAGAGAAACCAGACAGCAGGUCCCGGUCCCCCAAAACGCCAGAGGGAGGGAGGCCUGUCAGCAGAUCGAGGGGGGCUUCCAUCAGGGGGCUCCUGUCCCACACCUCGGUCUUCAGCCGCAGGAUACCCCACGACGCAUGAGGUACAGACCAAGCUACAAAACUGCAGUGUCUUAUGAUGAUGAUGAUGAUGAGGAUUACGACGAGGAAGAGGAGGAGGUCGAACUGAGGCAGAGUUCAUCAGGAGGAAAGUGGCCCUCUGCCAAGCCUCUUUUAGACCAACCAAUCUGCGCCUCGUCGCCAUCCAUCGUAGACCCGCAUGGCCUUCCCACUGUCUACUCCUCGUCCUCUUCCUCCUCAUCAGAGAGACAGGUACCAAAGGUUUUGGUCCAGAAUGCGGAAACAAUGCCCCCUGGUGGGCCAGGUCGGAGCAUGCAGUCAGGGGUGUGGCCAAGAGGACAAUGGGCCGGGACAGGGCUAGAACCCGUGUCCGGUCCAGUGGGGUCCACCAGAAGCAUCCUGCCUUUAGAUGAGGAGCGCUUCACCCCGUCCUCGGAGCCUCGCGGCAAUGUCUCAGACCACCAGUACCCGCAGCACGUAGGUGUCCAGCCGGAGCCCAGGCAGAGGCCGACUCCACGCCAGGGGGCGUGGCUAUCAUCCAGCCAAAGCAGCAUCUUCUCCCCCUCAUAUUACGAAAGCAGCCCAGGUGACCAGCUAUCAUUUGGCUCCCACAGAGGACCAGGAGGGAACCACAACUAUGAAGAUUCACAGGCCAGAGCAGGUGAGACUGUGGGCGGGUCUCAAAUCCAGGAAGCAAUCCAGCGAGCCCAAGGGAAGAAGUUGGAGCCUUUGCCUAUGCAUCAUUACACAGGCCAUCUCCAUGACAACCAGGAGGCCACCGCUAAUUUGGCACCAUUCCAUUGCUCUUCUGACCGUCUCCAGGGAGACGUGUACUCUACAGCCGGCAAGAUACCGUGGCACCUCUCCACAGGUGAUCUCCACGCCGACCGAGAGGAAGUGGAGUCGAGCGAGGGCUCCACCUCCUCGCGGACGCUGCUGCGGGCGCGCCCGCCCGACGCCAGGCGGCUCAGCAGCAAGGUGAGGAGCCGGAUGUGCCGCAGCCUGGGAACCAACCUCGACCAGCUGCUCCAGGAGGAGGUGAGGGCGGCGGGAGGAAGCGAGAUGGCGCGCCUCAACCGCCUCCACCUGAUCUCCUCGUCGCUCAGCCUGCGCUACGACCUGUCGUCGUCCUCCUCGCUGUCGUCCUGCUGCACGCCGCCUCGCGGCCCCAGCCCCGCCCACCUGGACGAGAGGGCGGAGGCAAGCGCAGGAGGGACGAGUCCUCCCACCGCCUCCCCCCCUGCUCAACGUGAAGGCUCCAGUCGGCAGUCCGUGGUCCCCUUGGGGCCCAGGGAGCACGCGUGGAUGGUGAAGGCGGCGGCGGGGGCCUGGCCCGACAUCUACACCAUGUUCAGAGAGGACUCGUCCCUGCUCAACAAGCAUGACUUCAUCUCGGGCUUCACCGUGCUGCACUGGAUCGCAAAACACGGCGACCACAGAGUCCUCAACACCUUGUGGUACGGAGUUCAAAAGGCCGGUUUGACGUUCAACAUCAACGCCAAGUCGACGUGCGGCCAAACGCCUCUCCAUGUCGCCGCCAUCCACAACAGCAAGAACAUCCUGCGCCUGCUGGUGACCAACUUCCACGCGGACGUAAAGCUGAGGGACACGGCGGGGAAGAAGCCCUGGCAGUACCUGAGUCGCGCCGCGUCACCAGACGUCUUCCAGCUGCUUGCAGCGCCGCUGCGGCCUGCCGGCGGGGGGGAGGGGAGAGGCGUCGAGAUAGAAGAGCACGACCGCGUACAGCACCAGCAGCCCCGGCAGCGGCAGCGCCGGCGGCAUCACCUCUCCUUCGCGUCCCAGGGAGAGAGGCCGCCUGUCAUGACGGGCACAACGAGGGUCAAGAGGUCGUCAUCCAUCGCGGCGUUCCUCAAACACAAGUCGCUGCAGCGGUUCUACGGACACCAGUCUGACUCUUCAGUUUAGAGAUUGGUUUACUUGACUGAACAACAGAUUGCUGGCCUCAAAGACCUUUGAAACAUUUGUGGGACUAAAACACAGGCAACAUCAGAAUGGGUUUAUUGGGGGCCAGUCUUGCUGAUAUCUAAGGGUUUAUGUACACCUUUUUCCAAGGGAAAAAAAUGCAUAUUGUUGUAGAAUACACAAAGAGCCACAGUUGUGAGUUCCCUUGAUCGGGGAUCAGAGAGCGGACAUGUUUGAGCAUGUCUCCUGAAACUCAAAUCCAGUUCUGCAGAGCUCUUUUGUCACAUGAACCUCUGUUCCUGGUACUUCAGUUUGGGUCCAUGCAUGCUCCGGUGGGGGAUUAACCAAGUUAUAAUAAAUGUUGUUUAAAAAUAAAAACGGAUCCACCCCCUUCCAGCCUUGAGCACAUUCCAAAUAACUGCAACAGGGAGCACUGGUUUCUGCACCUGAACCUUGUUUCCCCGGAUACGGCUCCAAAGAAAACAUUGUUGGGUGUUCAGCGUCUUUGACAUCUGGUAUCGGUCUGAAGCUGUGAUUCUCUCACGAUGCCUCGGCGCUGAUUCUAUAGGCAAUGAACCUGCAGUGGAUAAGGUUUCACAUUCACAUCUUUACAAUGAAAUAACUAAUGGCACUACUUUAUUUGAAGUCUUUAAACCUGGUGGGACUGUUUAGAAAAAGGUAGUUGUGACUCACUACAGCGUGGGUUGUUCUUACCGUUGUACUCACCAAAGGGACAAGUGGACAAACGAGUGAGAAGCAAACAAACCCCCCAGGUGCUAAUCGGAGGAAAGGACGAGAAAGAAGUGGAGGUCAGGUGACUUGCACAAAAAUAUUGCAGUAUGAUAACAAUGUGUUUACAUUACUGAUUACUUUUUUUUGCUUGCUGGAUCUGUUGCUCAUUUUGUACUCACCUCUUUGAACCAUUUCUUUAUUAAAUUUACUGUAUCUUCCUGCA